AUGUUUGUGAGAACGUUAUGUUUGUGAGCAAAUUCCGAGCCGAACUCGAGUUUUUAUACUCCGCGUUAUGCUGUAUCUGCGCGCUCAACUCGAAAACACGAGCCUGAUACGAAAACCGGAAUAUAAGCGAACGAACCCCUGGAAGUUCUAUUCAUACAUUUUUUCACCCUCAAACUGUGAACAUCGCUGCGUCAAUACCGUCGUGAAAUGGCCCCGAAAACCAGUGGAAAAGCCGCGAAAAAGUCUGGCAAAGCCCAGAAAAACAUCUCCAAGUCGGACAAGAAGAAGAAAAGGAAGACCCGCAAGGAGAGCUAUGCUAUCUACAUCUACAAGGUGUUGAAGCAAGUCCAACCGGACACCGGAAUUUCUUCCAAGGCGAUGAGCAUCAUGAACAGCUUCGUGAACGACAUUUUCGAGCGCAUCGCUGCCGAAGCCUCCCGUUUGGCUCACUACAACAAGCGUUCGACGAUCACGUCCCGCGAAAUCCAAACGGCCGUCCGUCUGCUCUUGCCUGGUGAGCUGGCCAAGCACGCCGUGUCCGAAGGCACGAAGGCCGUCACCAAGUACACCAGCUCGAAGUAAUUCGACCGAGUUCAAUUCUACCCGAACCCCAAACCGGUCCUUUUCAGGACCACAACACGCAUCUGUUCAAAAGAAUGUUUCUGUUUAAACCUUUCUAUAGUAGUGCGUCUCUCUGUUAAUAGCAAAUUCGUGUAAAACAUCAAAUAAGCCUUCCUUUACGAAGCGUUAAUUCAGUCCUAGUCUGUGCCAAUUUAAACUUAAAUUUAAACUUGUUAAAAGCAUCACGAACACUGCUCGAAAGUACCGCUGUACGCAGCGGAGAGCAUCGGGCUCAAAGCUCUCAUGAAUGUUCUAAACUGAACGCCAACCGCGUUAUUAUGCAUGCUGCCCUUUACGGGCUUAAUCGAUAGGCUUCAAAAAGGCACCGAAUCACCCACCAUUCGACAACAGCAAACGAAAGUUUCACAGUAAUACAAACAAGCCAUUCAUACCCAUUCACUCACACACAGAUGACACAGGCAUUCGAUUUCACACUCCCAAAUGCGCGUCAUCGCACUCCCAAAUCGAUGAGAUCCCAAACGCUCAUUCUUCCAACAUACGAACCGUUUUUUUUUUGUAAAUGCAGAAGGUUUGCGAAAUAUCUUUUUGAUCAAUAUUGGUGGUGGUCCUGAGAAGGACCGUUUGAGUGGA